UUCCAGGCCCCUUUGGUUCUGCAACUUAAAAAAGUGUUUUUUUGGCUUUUUUCCCCCUCUCUGAGAACACCAGGGGAAAGAGGAGUCCUGAAAGAGGGAGGGAAAGAGGGAGGCAGUUGGCCAGGAGGGCCGGGGGGUGGGUGGGGGGACGAGGUCCCUGCGGUCGGUCAGUCUGUCUGCGGGGCGCAGGAACGCGUGGAAGGCUGCUGCAAGCUCCGAGGCGCCGCCUCCGCCGCCCAGAGUCCGGUUCCCUGCGGCCGCCGCCGAGCGAGCUCCUCCCGCCGCCGCUGCUGCCGUGCCCCGACCGCCUGUCGCCCGCCUGCUCGCUCUCCCGCCCCUCCGGCCUCGGCGCCAAAGGAGGAGGUGGGCAACCGCGCCGGCCAUGGACCGCCGGAGCUGAACUGCAGCCGCGGAGCCCUCGCCCCUCCCCAGCCCCACGGCCGCGGUGCCCUCGCGCCUCUUCGCCCUUCGCCCAGGAAAGGCGGGGAAAAGAAGGGGAUUAACCAGGAGAGCGAAGGAGGUGGGGAGGGGGGAGCCAGUGCCUCCCCUGGGGCAGUCGCCCAUCGUCCCCGAACCCACCGGAGGCAGAACGUUCGGGGACGGCUUUUACUCAGUUUGCUUCCCCUUUUCUGCCAGACCCUAAAAUGAAAGGACAAAAGUUGGCGCUGACUCUUGCAGCUCGGAUGGCGACUUGUGCGUUUUCAGCGGCAUCUCCCAGAGAAAAAAACAUGCGCGCCUGAUUGUUCUGUGGCCCCCAAGCUGCAGUGGGUGUGUGUGUUUGGGUGUGUGUCUGUGUGUGUACACAGACGUCCACACACUCACGGCCAAAGGAUCAGCGCCUGGAAGCAGACGUUUCGGCCACAGAUUUGGAGAGGAGGAGCUGGAGAUCAGGAGGCGUGAGCCGCCAGGAGUCUGCAGGAUUCGUGGUGUGAAUGGACUGGGGGCACCUGGGCGCACGGAUCUCCUCCUCCGCCCCCCGCCCGGGGCCAGAGUUGAGUUGUGGGGCAUUUUUUUCACCCUCUUGUGAAGAAUUUUUUUUUUUUUAUUUGUUGUAAAGUCUUUUGCACAAUCACGCCCACAUUUGGGGUUGGAAAGCCCUAAUUACCGCCGUCGCUGAUGGACGUUGGAGAGGGAGCGCCUCGCCGCGGAACAGUCGCCUGCGCGCCCUCGCCGGACCCCCGGCUCCCUUGUUGCGCGCCGGCUCGAGUCUGCCCUGCUGCCGGCAGGCGGGCUUCGGCGCCCCCUCGGUUCCCGGGCGCAUCCCAGCGCUGCUUCGGCUCGGGCACCCCGACUCGGGCGCCAGUGACCGCUUAGACGCCGAUUCCCUGAGCCUAACCGACGCGCCUCGGAGGAGCCCGCAGCUCUGCGCCAGAUCUUCCCCCCGGGCUUAACCCGGCCGCUCCGCUUGGAUUCCUCAGCUGCCCUCGCUUUGGUGGAGACUUCCUCCCCGCGCCCCCUCCCCCUCGCCAUGAAGAAGUCGAUUGGAAUAUUAAGCCCAGGAGUUGCUUUGGGGACGGCUGGAAGGGCAAUGUCUUCCAAGUUCUUCCUAAUGGCUUUGGCCAUAUUUAUCUCCUUCGCCCAGGUUGUAAUAGAAGCCAAUUCUUGGUGGUCCUUAGGUAUGAAUAACCCUGUUCAGAUGUCAGAAGUAUAUAUCAUAGGAGCACAGCCUCUCUGCAGCCAACUGGCAGGACUUUCUCAAGGACAGAAGAAACUAUGCCACUUGUAUCAGGACCACAUGCAGUACAUCGGAGAGGGCGCGAAGACAGGCAUCAAAGAAUGCCAGUAUCAGUUCCGCCACCGGAGGUGGAACUGCAGCACGGUGGAUAACACCUCCGUCUUCGGCAGGGUCAUGCAGAUAGGCAGCCGCGAGACGGCUUUCACGUACGCUGUGAGCGCCGCGGGGGUGGUCAAUGCCAUGAGCCGCGCGUGCCGAGAGGGCGAGCUGUCCACCUGCGGCUGCAGCCGUGCCGCGCGCCCCAAGGACCUGCCCCGGGACUGGCUGUGGGGCGGCUGCGGAGACAACAUCGACUACGGCUACCGCUUCGCCAAGGAGUUCGUGGACGCCCGCGAGCGGGAGCGCAUCCAUGCCAAGGGCUCCUACGAGAGCGCGCGCAUCCUCAUGAACCUGCACAACAACGAGGCCGGCCGCCGGACGGUGUACAACCUGGCCGACGUGGCCUGCAAGUGCCACGGCGUGUCUGGCUCAUGCAGCCUCAAGACAUGCUGGCUGCAGCUGGCCGACUUCCGUAAGGUGGGUGACGCCCUGAAGGAGAAGUAUGACAGCGCGGCGGCCAUGCGGCUCAACAGCCGGGGCAAGCUGGUGCAGGUCAACAGCCGCUUCAACUCGCCCACCACACAGGACCUGGUCUACAUCGACCCCAGCCCCGACUACUGUGUGCGCAAUGAGAGCACCGGCUCGCUGGGCACGCAGGGCCGCCUGUGCAACAAGACGUCUGAGGGCAUGGACGGCUGUGAGCUCAUGUGCUGUGGCCGCGGCUACGAUCAGUUCAAGACCGUGCAGACUGAGCGCUGCCACUGCAAGUUCCACUGGUGCUGCUACGUCAAGUGCAAGAAGUGCACGGAGAUCGUGGACCAGUUCGUGUGCAAGUAGUGGGCGCCCAAGCGCCUGCCUGUCACCCAGCCCCACUCCCAGGACCCACUUAUUUAUAGAAAGUACAGUGAUUCUGUUGUUAUUUUUAAUAUUGUUUUAUCCCCCCCCCCAAGAAUUGCAACCGGAACCAUUUUUUUUUGUUCCCAUCUGAGAACUCUGUGGUUUAUUAUUAAUAUUAUAAAUAUUAUUUGGCAAUAAUGGGGGGUGGGAACCAAGAAAAUAUUUAUUUUGUGGCUCUUUGAAAAGGUAAGACAAGACUUAUUUUGAUGUAUAGGAUGAAGGGGGAAGAUAUAAUACACACCCUGACUUAAUUGUGUGCACAUCUGGAAGCUAAAGGAAAUGCUUUUUUUUUUUUUUGUCCCAACUAUGGGGUUAUAUGUGAUAGGUAGCAUCCAGCUGGAAGAGGGUGGUACAAAAUCUAUGCAUAAUUUAGCUUCUGUGACCAAAAGGAAUUCAAUACUCUGGCAAAAGUUGAAAGGUCUUGAGAAACAGAAUAGUUAGGACCACCCCGCCCCCCACCACCAACCACCACCUUUUUCCCAGGGGCUGCCAGCCUGAAACAUUUUCAAAAUGGUAAUUUAAAAUGUAAGAGGAAGAACCUCAUGUCCCUUCAAGAGAAAAGGUUUAGCAUGUGUCUCACGGUUCUCAAACAUUCCAUCUGCAGAUUGUCCUAGUCUCAUAGCUACUGAAACUUGGGGAGCAGGGAAGGAAGAUCCCCAGUUUUUUAAAAAAAGAAGUCCUUAGGUCAAUGAUUUAAGGCUGUUACAGGAAUCAGGUUAUCCAAUUGGAAAAGAGUCCCCGGUGAUUCCGGGUACUAGACUGUUUGUUUGGAGAAGGGCAGGGGAGGUUGGCUUGCCUGUAAAGGAAAAUAUACUGUAAUUUUCUUAGGGAUACUUGGUUAAUAAAUGAUAACAGUGAAAAUAGUAAAUGAAUUCCAUUCACAGAUCCUCAGGCAGAACUACAAGGUAAUUGCGUGCAGUUCAGCCCUGCCCAGAGCGGAAAACCUAUUUGAGGGGAUAAAGAGAAAUCCACCCUCCCCGCUUGACCCCACGCCCUCUCUGACUCCUCUGUGCCUUGCUGUCCUGUGAUGCUGGCCACAUUUCCAAAUGGCAGCUCCACUGGGUCCCUUUGAUUGUAGGAGAGGAAAUGAAAUGUUAGGAGCGCCACUUGGAAAACGGUUCACUACUUAGGGAUCCCCCCCCAAAAAAACCCCUUUAUUUUGAGGAGCAGUAGGUUUAUAGGUUUUAAUGACAUUACUUGGCGAAUGGACUUGACAGAGGUGUGGCAGUGUUUCCCUGUUAUGAUCCUGUGUUUAGACUCUCCGCUCACGCUUUCCUGUUAUCCUGCAGGUGUACCCUAAAACUGUUCCUACUGUACUUGAACAGUUGCAUUUAGAAGGGGGAGAAAUGUGGUUUAAGGUGCCUGAUAUCUCAGUUUUUUGUACAUAACAUAUAUAUACAUAUAUAUAUAAAUAUAAAUAUAAUUAUAUAUCAGUACAGCCAGUGAUUUAGAUUUACAGUUUACUCGGGGGUUAUUUUUUGGUCUAGAGCCUUGUGGUCCUUCAUUGCCCUUCAAUUGGGACUUUUCCAAGGGGUUUCUGAGUUGAGCUUGGGCUCUGGCUCUGAUGCCAUCACACCCUGAGUGUCACGAAGUAGCCUUGUUUCUGAGGAAUCUGGAAGGUCUUACUGAUAUGCACACGUGGGUUUGAAGAGUUCUUUUAUCGACCCUGCCCCAUCCGCUGUUCUCCAGCCUCCUUCCCUGUACCCUUCUGGACAGGGCAUUACUUGUUCAUCAGAACAUGGGAAUGAAGAGACAGUCAACACUUGAAAGCAUUGUCAGCGUUUCUCUUCCCUUCAUUUUGCAGUGUGGAAACUGGUGCCUAUUAGAUCUGAUAGUACUUAUUUGAGUCCCCAGGGAAAAUCCUGCUCACGACAUAUCUAGCUAGUUUUGUAAUUUUUUUUUUUUUUUUUUUAAACCAGGACACCUCUUUCCACAGAGUGCCAUCAAGUGUGUUCUUUUCUCAGGCUUUGUUGUUUAAAAAGUCUGGGAAGAUACACAUCUCCUGCAACCCUCAUAGGCGUGGUGGCCUUCUUAUCACCUCAGCCACCUGUGGCUCUUAACUUAUUGCACAAGGAUAGUCACUCCCCCCCCCCCCAGCGUCAGUGAAUUGCAAGCAAAAGAUCUUGAAAUUAAGAAGCACUAAUUAGUUUAAAAUGUCACUUUUUUGGUUUUUAUUAUACAAAAACCAUGAAGUAAUUUUUUUAUUUGCUAAACCAGAUUUUGUUCCUUUUUAGUGAUUCAUGUUUAUGAAGAGAGUUGAGUUUAACAAUCCUAGUUUUUAAAAGAAACUAUUUAAUGUAAAAUAUUCUACUUGUCAUUCAGAUAUUAUGUAUAUCUUCUAUGGCCUUUAUUCUGUACUUUUAAUGUACAUAUUUCUGUCUUGCGUGAUUUGUAUAUUUCACUGGUUCAGAAAACAAACAUUGAAAGGCUUAUGCCAAAUGGAAGAUAGAAUAUAAAAUAAAAUGUUACUUGUAUAUUGGUAAGUGGUUUCAAUUGUCCUUCAGAGACUUCAUGUGGAGAUUUUUUUGGAGAAAACAGGAGGGAUAGUUUAGGGGUGACUACAUGUCAGAAUAAUAGUAGAGUGGAGAAUUUUAGCAAAACCAAACUAUUUGGAAGCUUCAAAAGAUUUCUAUAUGUAACGGAACAAAAGGGGAAUUCUCUUUUCCUAUAUAUGUUCCUCAAAAAAAGAAAUCAAGCAGAUGGCUUAAAGCUGGUUAUAGGAUUGCUCACAUUCUUUGAGCAUUAUGCAUGUAACUUAAUUGUUUUAGAGUGUGUUGGUGUUGUAACAUCUCCGAGAAGAACUGAAAAGGCACAUGCUUUUUUAUCCAUGACUAGAAUUGUAGUCCAAAAAAGUGUAUUUGUGUUCACCACUGCGGCUAGUGUGCCCCUCUAUUUGAAGUUACUCGGGACGGCGUGUCUUUUUGCCCCUUGGAAAGUAGUUUUAUGAAAAGCAAGCCUCGAUCUGCAGAGAAUGAAGGAAACUGAAGGUUCGUUGUGUUAAGUGCAAUUAAGACGAGCUCUUGUGCUUCUUGAUAACACAUGGCAAAGUCUGGCCCAAGACCACAGAUUGAUAAUGUUAGCCCUUUGCUUUUUUUCUUUCUGGAUAACCUUGUAACACAUUGAAACCUAUUUAAGGAUGCCAAGAAUUCAUUAUCCCCCCCCCCAAAAAAAAAAAAAAACAGUAGACCAACAUAUAGAGUGUUUAAAAUAGCAUUUCUGGGCAAAUUCAAACGCUUGCGGUUCUAGGACCUACAUCUGUUUCAGUUUUUCUUCAGUUGUAUAUUGACCAGUGUUCUUUAUUGCAAAAACAUAUACUCGAUUUAGGAGUGUCAGCAUUUUUUUUCCUUCUCAUCCUGGAGUGCAUUCAAGAUCUUCCCAAUACAGGAAAAUUAACAAAAAAUUUAUAUAUAGGCAGCAGUGAACAGAGCCAUGUUCAAAAUAGUAAUUAUGGGCUCAAGCAAAAGGAAGACUGUUUUAAGCUUUAGUCCAGUGUAUCUGUUCAGUUCUUCCCACUGCUGACACCCCCACCCCCACCCCAAGACCAGCACUGGCUGUGUUUCCGUAGUCCACGCAAACCCUUUCCUCGACUGAUUUGCCAAUAUGAUUUUCAAUUUGUUUUUGCAAAACAUCAUUCAUGCUACCAGAAUUAUCAAAUAGGACACUGUAGCAGAAAAAGAACAAGUGAGAGACUAGUACUGGCUGACUCCUAGAGAUUAGUAAAAACCAGUUCCCAAAGACCGAGUGAUCCCUAACUGGAAAAGAGACAGCUAGAAAAGGGCCUUAGCCCUUGAAGCAUAUAUAUGAUGCAAAUACGCACCAAGGCACAGGUCUAAGAUACUGCAUUUUCACUGUAAAGUAUACCUUUAAACUAUUUAUUUCUUUUCAAAAAAUAUUUCUUAGUCUCCCCCUCUCCGUGGAAUGGUGAAAAACAGGUGCCAUGCUUUGAAAAGACGAUGAAACAUGCUUUUAACACAGGAAACAUUCAGCAAUGUGGGAAUUAAAACUUAGUAAAGGAAUCUUCUAAUUUACCUGUUCGCACAGACCUUACAUUUAACUCUGAUGAUUGGAUAGUAUUUUAAUGAAACAUCAUUGCAUUAGCCAACUUUUUAAAAAAAGGAUGUGGAAAUGAUUAAAGGUCGGCAUGAUUUUUCUUAAAGAACGAAAAUGUAUCAAUUCUAAUCUAGGAGAUUCAAUUAACCUGCCGUUUCAGUAUUUCAAAGUGAAAAAGGAAUGAGUAAAAUUGCAACUUAGACCAGUUUUACGUGUAGUAUACAAUUUGCUGGGCUAGAAAUGAGAUAAAGAUUAUUUAUUUUUGUUCAUAUCGUGUACUACUUUUCUAUUAAAAUCAUUUUAUGAAA